AUGAACGUGGCGAAGGAGUACGCCGCGGACAAGAACGAGACCAAGUGGCUGAAGUCGGAGAGCACCGACCGGUACACGAUGGACCCCGAGGUGCGCCGGUUCUACGAGCAGAACAGCGAGCGCCAGGACGAUCUCAACCAUGUCAAGGCCACAGAACUGCUGAUGAUAGACAUCUGCGAUUUCGCCAGGAAGUCUGGCGCCUCCCACUGUCACUGGAAGCUGGAGGGCGAGGAGGCUCUGGUCAUGCCCGAGGACCAGGCACACCACAACGUGAUGAUGUACUACAACCCUCUCGAGACCGCCGCCGGCAAGGCCGUGCUGUACAAGUGGAGGUCGACGGGCGUACUGUGGGACAAGGCGAAGGCCCGCGAGGAACAGUUCGGCGAGUACAGCGUCGUGGUCGUCGCGCGCGACGACGACUACUGGAUCGGGCCGUACUACAUCAACGCCGUGGACUUCCUCGACAACCCCUCCCUGACCAGGGUGAUCCCGUGCCUGGAAUCCCACGGCAUCAACGACAAGGCCGUGAUCAUGGGCAGGAAGUCGGCAGAUGCGCUGCUGACCACCUAUGGGGUCUGGUGGAUACUGAUUGGAAGGGCGAGCUCGGGGAUGAGCUGCUGGGAACCCGGAACGCCGAGGAGUUCUGGUUCAAGAAGGCGCGGCCGCAUGCGGCACCCCUCCCCCCCGGGGUCCCAUGCCCAUGGCCGUCGCGUCCUUCACGUCCAGCGGCAUCCCCUGCUUCCGGAAGCAGAACUUCAACCUCUCCGCGCACGGAGGCUACGAGCAGUGCUACGGCGAGAGCAACAAGCACAAGCCGCUCACCAAGUUCUUCCACGAGUUCAACUGCGACGAGCUGAAGCCAGCGUACUUUGA